GUCCAUGAGGGUCCUGCUCGCCUCUCUUCGCCUCCGGGCAUUCUGGAGCUCCACUCCAGUUCUCAUUCAGGAGUUGGGCGCCCUCUCUCCCACACCACUCCCAACCCUCAACCACGGCGCGUGCGCACACUCUGCUGCCCGUAGUGGGGCGACUGUCUCAGCUCUAGGCGUUUGAUAGGACCUUUGCUGCCGCUCCUGGCAGAUCUACCUUCCUUUUAGGUUUCAGCCUAAUCCUGGGAGAGCAAGGGAUGGCCACCAAGCUCUUGACAACUGGGCCUCAGGCAUCGGUGACUUUUGAGGAUGUGGCUGUGUACCUCACCCAAGAGGAGUGGGGCCAUCUGGAGCCUGCACAAAGGGGCCUCUACAGGGAUGUGAUGCUGGAGAAUUAUGGCAAUGUGGUCUCCCUGGGAUUUCCAGUCUCCAAACCUGAUGUGAUCUUACAGCUAGAACUAAGAGGAGAACCAUGGUUCCUGGACAUGCAGGGAACUGAAGGUAGAGAGAUCUUAAGAGAUUGUGAGACUAAGACUAAGAUCAAGAAGUUCUCACCGGAACAGGAAAUUCCAGAAGGAAUGGAAUUCCAGCAUAUGAUAUUGAAAAGACUCACAAGGAAUAGUCUCCAGAAAGCUAAGCUGAGAAAACCUUGGGAAUCUGAGGGAAAACUAAAGAUACAUUGGGGAAGACAUUCAGAGGGGAAAUUGAAGAAACAUCUUUACCAUGAAAGAGAUUUUAACCCGGUGAAAAUGAUACACAAGAAAAGCCUCACAGGGCAGAGUAGCAAGGAAUGUAAUAAACUUGGGAGAAGUUUCAGCCUGAACUCACAUCCUGUCACACAUCAGAGAAUUCACAUUGGAGAGAAGCCCUAUGAGUGCAAUGAAUGUGGGAAAAGCUUCAGUGCACAUUCAUCUUUUAAUCAACAUUAUAAAAUCCAUACUGGGGAGAAACCCUAUGAAUGUAACGAAUGUGGGAAAAGUUUUAGUCAGAGCUCCCACAUUAUUGAUCAUCAGAGAAUUCACACUGGAGAGAAACCCUAUGAAUGUAAUGAAUGUGGGAAAACCUUCAGUCAGAGCUCUAACCUUAUUCAUCAUCAAAUAAUUCACACUGGAGAAAAACCUUAUACUUGUAAUGAAUGUGGGAAAGCUUUCAGUUACCACUCAGUGCUUAUUCAACAUCAUAAAAUUCAUACUGGAGAAAAACCAUAUGUAUGUAAUGACUGUGGAAAAGCUUUUAUCCAGCGCUCUAAUCUGAUUCAACAUCAGAGAAGUCAUACUGGAGAGAGACCUUUUGAAUGUAAUCAAUGUGGGAAAGCCUUCAGUGUGCGCUCAUCUUUUAUUCAACAUUGCAAAAUUCACACCGGAGAAAAACCCUAUGAGUGUAAUGAAUGUGGGAAAGCCUUCAGUGCACGCUCAUCUUUUAUUCAACAUAGAAAAAUUCACACUGGAGAAAAACCCUAUGAAUGUAAUGAAUGUGGGAAAGCCUUCAGUGCACGCUCAUCUUUUAUUCAACAUAGAAAAAUUCACACUGGAGAAAAACCCUAUGAAUGUAAUGAAUGUGGGAAAGCCUUUGGUGCCCGUUCAUCCUUUAUUCAACAUUGUAAAACUCACACUGGUGAGAAACCCUAUGAGUGUAGCGAAUGUGGGAAAACCUUUAGUUCACGAUCAUCUUUUAUUCAGCAUUGUAAAAUCCAUACUGGAGAGAAACCCUUUGAGUGCAAUGAAUGUGGGAAAACUUUCAGUCAGAGUUCUAACCUUAUUGAUCAUCAGAGAAUUCACACUGGAGAGAAGCCCUAUGAAUGUAAUGAAUGUGGCAAAGCCUUCAGUCAGCGAUCUAGCCUUAUUCGACAUCAUAAAAUACACACUGGAGAGAAACAUUAUAAGUGCAGUGAAUGUGGAAAAGCCUUCAUUCAGAGCUCCAAUCUUAUUAAACACCAGAGAAUUCAUACUGGAGAGAAACCCUAUGAGUGUAAUGACUGUGGCAAAGCUUUUAGUGACCGUUCAUCUUUUAUUCAGCACCGAAAAAUUCAUACGGGAGAAAAACCUUUUGAAUGUAAUGUAUGUAGUAAGUCAUUUAUCCUGAGCUCUAAUCUUAUUAAACAUCAGAGAAUUCACACAGGAGAGAAACCUUAUGAAUGUAAUGAAUGUGGGAAAACCUUCCGUGCACGCUCAACUCUUAUUCAACAUCAGAGAAUUCACACUGGAGAGAAACCCUAUGGUUGUAAUGACUGUGGGAAAGCCUUCAGUCAACACUCUAACCUUAUUCAGCAUCAGCGAAGUCAUACUGGAGAUAAGCCAUACAAUUGCUCAGAAUGUGGAAAAGCCUUCAGGCAGAGCUCUAAUCUCAUUAAACACCAGAGAAUUCACACAGGAGAAAAACCCUAUAAAUGUAAUGAAUGUGGGAAAGCCUUUAAUCAAAGCUCUAAUCUCAUUAAACACCAGAGGAUUCACACAGUAGAAAAACCAUAUGAAUGUAAUGAGUGUGGGAAAACCUUCAGCCAGAGCUCACAUCUAAUUAGCCAUCAGAGAAUUCAUACUGGAGAAAAACCAUAUGAAUGUAGUGAAUGUGUUAGAGCCUUUAGUACCCGAUCGUCUUUUAUACAACAUUGUACAAUUCAUACUGGAGAGAAACCGUAUAAAUGUAAUGAAUGUGGAAAAACAUUCAACCAGAACUCUAACCUUACGAAGCACCAGAGAAUUCAUACUGGAGAGAAACCUUACGAAUGUAAUAAAUGUGGAAAAACCUUUAACCAGAACUCUAACCUUACUAAACAUCAAAGAAUUCAUACUGGGGAGAAACCGUAUAAAUGUGACAAAUGUGGGAAGGCUUUCAGUGCUCGUUCAUCUUUUAUGCAGCAUCAUAAAAUUCACAUUGGUGAGAAAUCCUACAAUGAAUGUUGAAAAACCUUUAGCCAGCACUUUUUAACCUUAAUAAACAUGAAGUAAUCCAUAAUGGAAAGAAACCUUACAAUGUGAUGAAUGUGAGAAAACCUCCAGGAAAGCCUCAUUCUUUAUUCCACAGUUUAGAAAGCAUAGUGAAAAAAAUGCUCAAUGAAAGUAACAAAUGAGAAGGCCUUUAAAUGUAAUGAUUGUGGGAAAGCUUUUAGCCAGAAUGCAGACUUAUUUGGCAUCCAAGAUGUUAUACUGGUGACAAACCCUGUGUAUGUGAUGAUUUUUUUAAAACACUCAGAACUCACAAUUCACAAUGAACACAAAUCAUAAUGGAAAGAAAACCUAUCACUGUAACAAAAAGUGCAAGAGACAUCAGGAAGAGCUCUGAUCUUAGUAAAUUUCUGAAAGUUUACACUGGAGCAAAACAGACUCUGGGAGAAACCAUUAGUAACUCCUUGGGCUUCAUUUAAAAUCAUAAAAGUCAUGGUGGAGAAAAAAGCAAGUUCUUUCAAUGUAGGAAAAUCUUCAGUAAGAGUUCUAGAGGAUUCAUUUGAGAGAAAUCUGAUAAUGAAGACAUUUGGAUACAUAAGAAGGACCUGUGAUUUCAUUAGAGGGAAAUCUGUCAUCUGUAUAUGAUUUAAUAGAUAAUUUCUAUGAGGCAGUAUUUGAACUUAGGUUGUCCUAACUCCAAGCCUGGUACUUCAUCUACUAUACCACAUGGCCUCUAACUUGAAAUGAAAAUAAUAAUUUGUUGAUAUAGCACUUAAAGUUUGUAAAGUGCUUUAUAAAUAUCUUGUUUGAGCCUCACAAUAACCUUGUGAUGUACUACAAAUAUUCCUGUUCUCAUUUGACAAAUGAGGAAGUAAGCUCAGAGAAAUAAACAGCUUGCCUGUGGUAACAUAGCUAUAAGAGAUAGGAUUUGAACCAAUGUCUACUUGACAUCAAGUCCAGCACUUUAUCCACUGUACUACAUUGCCUUUCCUAAUAAACAUGAACUAUACAUGCACCAUAUGGCAUAGCAUCUAAAUAGGCUUUAAAGGAAAAACUUACUCAAAAGCCAGAACACCUCAAUAGUAAGAAAGUAAUUACAAGUCCCUGACAUUCCUCUUUUAGAAUUUUAGAGAAAAAGAAGAACAUUAUAGAUCUAACAAUGCUGACAAAACUAGAUUUGAUAAAUCUAUACUGAUUAUAGAAUAGGAGUACUAUAGGAUAUACUUAUUUAAAAAAUUUUUUCCAGUUACAUGUAAAAACAUUUUUUUUGGGUUCUAAAUUUUCUCCCUCCUUCCC